CAAGACAUAAGUAAUUUGAAGAGUUCAAAUGCAUAUUUGAACAGUUCAAAUGCAUAUUUGAACAGCUCAAAUGCAUUAUGCUUGAAAAGGAUAGAGAGUAUGGAAGAAUUGGUGAAAAUGGUGAAAAACGAUUCAACUAAAUGGAACGAUAUUGAGAACAUUUUGAAUGACCUCAAAGUCCAAAUUCGAUAUACAAGUUUGUCUCUACUAGACGUGAAUGCUGAAACCAAUUCCGUUAAUGCUGAUUUGUUGCAAAGUUUAAAUCAAGCAAUAAGCGAUUUAUAUGAUUUUAGCGUUAAAAUGCUAAAAAAGGUGGCCUUUACUGCCUCCGUGCCAUCCACAAGUCCUUCCUGGAACACAGGUACCUUGGUGUUUUCCGUGGUCAUCACUAAUGUGGGAAACGGAUACAACCCCAGCAACGGAAUAUUUACCGCUCCUACCAACGGGAACUACGUGUUUUUCGUGAAUGUGCAGAGUUAUGGUACUAAAAUCAUUUGUGUAGAUAUUGUGUUAAAUGGAUCAACAAAAGUCAGAACUAUGGCCUUUAAUAAUAUUGGUAGUGGUGAUUCUUAUGACGCUGGCCCUAACUUGGUAGUCUUAACUCUUCAGAAGGGAGACUCGGUGUGGGUCAGAUAUUACGCUGGAAAAGGUUACUUCACCGACGGGUAUAUGACCACAUUCUCCGGUUUUCUCAUAUGAUUGAAUUGUUAAAACAAUUUUUCUGUACAGUGUAAUCAAUAAUAUAAACUAUCCAUUUCAGCAUAAUUGAUCUUGUUAUUUCUUGUAAUUUGCCAUCUAUUUGUGUAAAUGUGGCUAUAUACCGAUAACAAACAUCGUGUGUUAAACCUUUACAGGGCAUGUUAUGCUUCACUAGAUUUGUAUUAUAUCAACUAUCGGUAGAUGAAACACCGCGCAAGCGUGGUAAAUCACAAGUAAAUAAUAUUGCAGUUUUUAACGCGUGUUUGAAUCGUUGUGCACAUAAAUCAAAUGAACGAUAUCUUUAAUUCAAAUGAAUUUAAGAACAAUUUUAUGAAUACUUACGUGCAUUAGUUCUGUUAUAUUUAUUGAUAUCAUAUACAGUAAAUAAAACGUGAUUAUUAGGAAGUCACUUGGACCUCCUUACAUAAAUGGUCUCUCUCCGUGUUGAAAAUCAAAUGAUUUUACGAAUGCAAUGUAAUCUGUCAUGCCGAAUAGUUGACAAAAGAUAAAACGAACGGUCGUUCAUAAUUUCAAAAUUUGAAACUCAAUAUUGCAAAUGUGUUUAUAAUGGUAGUUUUUGUCCAUUGCGAAACUUUAAGGGCAACAUUAUGAAUACAAGUCGUUUCUUCUCGUCAAACACAAUAAUCAAUUAAAAUAUAAUGCACUAUAUGAAUGACAAACAAAAAAACUGCUAUAUUGUAAACAGUGACCUGAUUUCUUGGACAUUGUCAGAUAGUGUACAACCUAAUUUCGGUAAAAUCUCUUAACUUUAAAGUUAUACGGCGCAAACUUCCCAGAACAGCCCCGGACCAUAAGAUAUCUGGCAUACUGUACAGUUCUUAACUUAAUACUUACUUUCAUGAUAUGUUUCAUCAACAGCAUGAUCAAUUAAAAUAAGACUUUU